GAGGCUGUCUCGUGGUCCCAAACGUUGACAUCGGUCCAUCUUUUGACAUCGCUCUUGACUCGCCCGGCUCGCAGGCGCACGAGAUGUUCAAUAUCUAGACGAAAUUUUAGCAUUUGCCUAACAUGCAGCAGGCUACGCUUUCAGAAUUGCCUAGCGCUGCACUGCACCGUUUCCCAGGUGCACCUCGACCAGGUAUAGAUAUAGACAUUUAUGAAAAAGAUGGCUUGCAAUAUGUCAGCAGCUCGUCAAGAGCAAGCAAGGGAGCGAGCUUCCUCCUUAUCAAUGACGUCAGUGACGUAGCAGGGCGCAGCUUCCACGCGGCAUUCAAGGGACAGUGCCACAUAACAAAACCAAGUAUGCAGCUGGCUGCCGGGUUCUCCAUGGCGAGUGGUGCUCCGCUCCGCUGGCCCCCGCCCAGACGUGGCGUGCCCCGCCGUGACCAGGCACUAGGCAAGGUGAUCGGGCUACACUACUCGCUGAUUCCGCUGGUUGACAUGUUGCUGGAGAAGUACACAGCGGAGGUGGAGCGAGUCAAGGUGUCGGUCUGCGAAAUGUCAGCGGCAGCUGCGGGCUCGGAGUCCGCAGCUGCACAUGACGACCCUGGGCUUGUUCUAACUGAAGACUGGCUGGAGCCAUCGGAUGGCCUCAUGGUGUGGGUGGCGUACGCGCUGCGGGAGCUCAGCAAGGCGCCUGGAGAGCCACCUUCCAUCCAGACGACCGCCUGGCUGCUACUGGCGUCCAUCUGUGCAGCCGACAUGACCUUUGACGAGCUCCUGUCGGAGCCGGACCUGGCGGCCUGGGCGCUGGCGGCCAUGGAACGGUACGAGCCCCCAGAGGGUGACCCCCUGGCCGAGUCGGACUGCUGGCACGUGGAACUGCAGCUGCGCCAGGCGCUCACCGCCGCCGAUCCUUCUUGUCCAGUCAAAGAGCUUGCAUCACACAGGACCUUGGACAGCUGCACCUGAGCGACUAUCCGCCGAGACUGCUGGUCGGAGCACACAUCCCGCGUGUGCAGGCAGACCAGCUCAUGCUGGACGCGGUGACGGAGAGCCUGAAGGGUUCACGCGAUUGGACGGCGUUGCACCCCAGGGUGCAGGCCAUCUACGCCUGCGGAUUGGCGUGCGUGGUGGUGGAGGUGGACGCGGGCCCCCUGAACCGCAUCAGCCAGCCACCGCCCCUCUGUCUCAGGCUGGACACCACUGGUGGCUGCUCGGCUGCACAGGAGGAGGACGUGGACGCGGACGGUUGGUUUGUGUUCACAGACGCCCUUCAAGACGACGCGGCCUGCAUUGAAGCCGGCUGUGACGGAGCACUCGCAGUGGGGAAGCCAUGGGGCGUUUGCAGCAGCGGGGAACACGAACUGCACAUCGCCAUCCCCCCGCUGGACGUGGACGCCGUGUUUGGGGCGCUGCCCACCCGGUGCAAGGCCGAGGUCAGGCGUGAGAAGCGUCGGUGCAAAAACCGGUCCUCCUGGACCAACCCCGAGUGCUGCUACUGUCAUCUGGACACAGACCGGUUCCCCGAUUGGACUGCUUAGCCUAGGGCUUCAGGCCAACCAGGCCAACCAGUACGUGGCUCGGGACAAGGCUAGCGCUGUUGCGAUUGCAAUUUGCCGCGUCAGUUACAUCAGUUGUGUGUUUCACUGCCAGCAUGGGUAAGCAAGCCACCCUCACCAACAGGGGAGUGUUGUGUAAGAAGCGUGGAAGAGGUGUUAUCGGGAGGUAUGUGAUUGUGUGCGUGGAAGGCUGUAAAGAGGCAUGGGAAGGAAUUUGAUGCGGUAUGGAAGCCGUUUACAGGGAUAGUAGGAGGGGUUGGGAAGUUCAUCGGUUAGGUUAGGG